AUGGCUUCCAAUGAUGAGGAUAUUAAAAUCAUUCCCGGUACUGAAUUUGUUGUGGAUGGAUUUAAAUAUAAACAUAAAUAUAGUACCUUCUUUCUCACUCACUUUCACUCGGACCAUUAUGCUGGUCUUAUUAAAACUUGGUCGCAUGGAAUAAUCUUUUGUACCAUUCCAACAUGUAAUUUGGUAAAGAAACAAUUUACCAUUGCUGACAAGUAUCUUCGUCCUUGUGAAUUUAACAAAACGUAUGAACAUAAAAACGUCAAGUUCACUUUCUUGGAUGCAAAUCACUGUCCAGGAAGUAGCCUCAUUCUGUUCCAAGUACAAAAAACUGGAAAAGCUUUCUUGCAUACUGGUGAUAUGCGUUUUGAUCGAUCCAAAAUGUUGGAUUGUGAAGAAUUACGACCUUACAUGAGAGAUGAUAUUCUAGACAUGAUCGAAGAAAACAAUGGUGGAGCUAGCUCUUCAACAAGACCUCCAAAAAAGUUUCUGGACUCGAUAUUUAUUGACACUACCUAUUGUGACCCAUACUAUACAUUUCCAAAACAAAUGGAAGCUAUUGACUUUAUUUCUGAUCUCAUUACAAUGAAAUUGAACAACAAGUCAAAAUCUUAUCUCAUUUUAAUUGGAACCUAUUUAAUUGGAAAAGAAAGAAUUGCAGAAGGAAUAAGUAAGAAAACAGGGAAGAAAGUAUUUGUAACAUUUGAAAAGUACAAGACACUAGAAUGCCUAGCUCUACCUUACAUGAACAUUUUUACGAUGGACAUUUCUCAAACCAAUAUUCACAUUGUAAAUAUGAAAGAUAUUGCAUGGAAGCGACUUUUUCAAAUACGAGCUUCCAAUAAGAAUGUUGACGAAAUUAUUGCCAUCAAGCCCAGUGCAUGGUGUUUCAAAGAAAUGGAUAUUCCAACCUCCAUGCCUCUCGACGGAUCCAUUCCAGAGGUUCCAGUGAAGGCCACUCGAAAUAGCAACAUUACACUCAUCGAAGUACCCUAUAGCGAGCAUUCCAGUUUUACAGAGCUGCGAGAUUGUGUUGGAACUUUCAACUUUACCAACUUGGUUCCUACUGUCUACAAGGAUCCACAUCAUAAGGCAAGAAUUAUUGAAAUGUUAGCGGAUGAUUUUCAAUAUACUCCAAUCACUGUGAAAUUUACAUUACCAGAAGUAGUGCUCACUGAGAAAAAUGUUGCUUCUUCAUCAUCCAAAUCUUCAACACCAAAAAGAGCUAAAAAGAAAGAAGCUCCCAAGAGGGAUGACAAACAGAAACCAAUUUCACUCUUUUUCAGAGCGAAAAAAGAAGUGAAACCUAUCAGCACAGAAGGUCUAGAUGUUGUUUCCACACCUUCAUCCUCGAGCACGCCUUCAAAACAAGAAACACCCACUCUCGAUCUUGAUGAUAUUGAUUUUGACGAUUUGGAAGAAAUCAUGAAUGAUGAUGAUAUUGUGACAGAGAGCUCGACGGAUGGAGUCUCUGCUCAAAAACUUUCUGUCUCGGAUUCUCCAAUGACUCUCUCUGUGACUCCACUCUCGAAUACGAGUAGGAGUGUACCAUCGCUGGAUAUUGAACCGAUUGAUGUUGACGAUGAUUUUAGAGAUGGAAGUCAAUUUGCCAUGCUGUUGGAAAGUUCGCCCAUGACUAUGGAUUUUUCACCUAUUUGCAUUGAUAGCCAAGGAGAUGAUGACGUUGUACUCAAUCCAAUACCCAAGUCUUCAAACCCUUUCCUUAAAAACUUGAAAAACUCAUCACAACUGUCGUCGAAAACAUCAUCUGCCUCAACCACUCCCUCCCUUAAUAACCAAAAGACAAAACUCAAGCUAAAAAGGAAAUCAACACCCUCUGGCUCAUCAAGCGAGACGAAAAAGUCCAAACCUUCUCCGAAUUCAUCCUCUUCGACGUCACCACAAUCAAGUAUUCUUUCUUUCUUUGCUCCUUCUUCUUCAAAGCCAAUCACAAUCAAUGAGGUUGUAGAUGAAUCAGGAAAUAUCAUCUUGUCCAUUGAAGACGAUGACGAUGUGCUGUAA